AUGGGUUUUGGCCAGAGGUGGAUCAGUUGGAUUAGUUGGUGCAUUUCUACUCCAAGUUUCUUGGUUAUUAUGAAUGGUACCCCUUUAGGUUUCUUCCAAAACUCUAGAGGAUUAAGGCAGGGUGAUCCUCUUUCUCUAUAUUUGUUUGUGCUUGCUGUGGAGGCGCUUAGUUGUCUCCUUGGAAGGACAAGGGAAGACGGCUUUUUGACUGGCUUCAAAGUGAAUGGGAGAGGUGGAGAGGGUUUGGAGGUUACUCAUCUACUGUUUGCAGACGACACUGGAAAUAGUCGGCUUGAGGGGAAAGCUUUGUGGUUGGAUUGGUGGAACCCUGAUGUAGGUUGCCUCAGGGUCAAGGAUUGUGUCAAAGAGGUUUGGAUGGGAGUCUUAGGGUUACCUUUACAUUUUUGGGGAGAACAGUUCUUCAAGAGGCUCGGUGAUGCUUGUGGAGGUUUUGUAACAGUUGAUGAGGAGACGAAGGAGAGACGACUUUCGUAG